AUGGUUGUGCGAGUUCACACUAUGCAGCGCCGCAACAGCCGUCCCGUGGUUUCUUUGCAGCUGCCUGUGGAUUACAGCUUCUAUAGAUUCUCAGUGUCGAAAACACGUGGGGACGCAGACCACGCUGAAGUUGCCGAUUUGAUCCUCGAAGAUGAAGCCGGGCAGCCAAUUGACCUGCUGAGCCCGAAGAAUGUGCUGCAGGCCAGGCUUGAUGGCCCAGAAGUUGGGGCCUCUUCUGGAAACGUGGAUCCGUGCAUCGACGGAUCACCAGACACCUCCUGCGUCUUAGAAGUCGGGCAGAGCAUCGUGCUGCAGCUGGCAGAAGGGCAGCAGGUCGGGAGCUACGGCUUCAAAACGGCCGCCGAGAACUCCACCUGGGUGCGGGCUGGAGACCCCGUAUCCUUCGACCUGGCUGGCUCCAUGGAUGGAUCUUCCUGGAAGGAUCUGAGCGUGAAGCGCGUGGAGACCCCGGGUGGUCCUGGGCUGACGGUCGGGCCCUACGUGGUGGCAGACCCCAGUCUCAAGCACACGCAUGUGGAGAGCCACGAGGCAUCAGUGUCCAUUCCACGAGAAAUGCCAGCGCCAGAGAUCCCGGUGGAUUUUGCCAACGAAGCGGCUCCAGCAAAGGUCUCAGGAUUUCCUGGAGCGAUGCCGAUCCCAUCAGCACCGAUGGCAAUGCCACCGGCAAUGCCUCCCGCGGCCACUCGCGACAGCUCCGCCUCCAGCAAGGUCGUGGAAGCGGUCGUGGCAGCAUCCAGGAAGGCCAACCUGCCAGUGGCAGAGGAAAUGGCAUCUGCGGCCGCGGCGGCGGCCGCGGCAAGGAAUUUGCCCAUGGAUGCUUCGCCAGAGGCGAUCGCAGAAGCAGCUGCAGAGUGCGGCUUGUCGCCAGUGUUGGUCAGCAAAUUGGCCCCAUCAUUGGGGACAGUCGAUCCACAGUACUAUGGCGCGAUUCUGGCUGUUUGGCAUGCGGUGGGCAUGGCAACACGGGACGCAGACAGCAAGGCUCCCGUCAAGGUGGUGAAGGUUGUGGAUGCGGCGGCUGAUGCUGGACUCAGUGUUGAGCAGCAGGCAGAAGCGGCUGCAGCUGCAGCGGUGGCCAGCGUCGCAGCAAUGACCACCACAGGUCCCGCGGCCGUGAUCAGUGAGGCCCUGCAGGCUGCGGAAGAUGCUGGCCUGUCCCUGAAGAAGCAGACAGGGAUGGCGGCCGUGCUGGAUGCUGAAUCCACGGAGGAGAAGCAGGCAAUGGUCAAAGUGCUGAAAGCAGCCGCGAUUUUCACCACGCCCCCGCCAGAGCAGUUGGCAGACUACGAUGGAGAGAACCCCGCCGCCAAGAUUGUCGCAGAGACUGUGACUCAGGUGCUGAACGACGUGCCGGUCAGCCCGCAGAAGAAGUUGCAGGUCAUUUCUGCAGCGGCUGCCUCCGCUCAAGCGGCAUACGAGCACUCGACAACCACAACGACCUACGAUGGCGUGAAGAUGGUUGUGGAAGCCGCAGAGGAGGCUGGCAUCAAGGACAUCUAUAAGCUCAAGAAGGUGAAGGAGGAGGCCAUGACUAUGACGCCAGAGAAGCAGCAGGCGGCUGCAAGGUCGCUGCGUGCUGCUGCACACGACUUUGCAACGACGCCGCAGCCGGAUGUUGGCCUUCCAGCUGCCGAGAGAGUGUCUAAAGUGGUCAAGGCCGCAGCUGCAGCAGGAAUGACCGAGAAGCAGCAAGCGGAAAUCGCUGCCGCCGCAGUGGUCGCUUCGGCGCAGGCUGUGCCCGGAGUGACGCCGAUCAGCCAGGACCAAGGCAUCUCCAAUCUGGUCCAGGCCGCCAAGAAGCUGGGGCUAUCAACUGCGGAGCAAGAUGCUUUGAUGCACGCCGGGACGGGGCUAAGUGACGACGAGAUCAAUUCGGUCGUCUCCUCAAAAGUUGGAGCGCAGGCCGGGGUGUGCCUAAUAUGCCUCCCUGUGGCACUCGUGCCUCGGAUUCGAGCGCUGUGGCGCGAGCGCUGUGCCUCGAGGGCUCGGCGCACGAAGACAUGCCCGGCGCUGGAAGCUGACGCGCUCGCUGCCCGCCAAGACCUGGAGGCGGAGGGCACCACGCGGCGUCACGCCAGGCGCAAGCAGCGCACGAAGACCUGCCCCUCCAGCGCGUUGCAGAACAUCCAGGAGGACCGCGAAGCGACCAGCGCGACCAUGCGGCUACAAAGGCGGAUGGAUUCGCCGCAGUCGGAGGCAAAGCCCUGCUCUCCGCACAGCUCCACCAGUGAAAGCCUGCCGGAGGUGUCGGCCUCGGCUGUGCACACCCCCAGCACUUCUGCUUCCACUCCUGGCGCGUGCCUGAUGAUCCAGAACUGGCGAUCAGGGGCACAAAUAGGACAGGGCUCCUACGGUUCUGUCGCGCGUGCGCUUGACAUCGACAACGGCUACAUCUUCGCGGUGAAGAAGUCUACCGUCACCCAGAGUGACGAGGAGGAUCGCAAGUACCUGGCAAAGCUGAGGGAAGAGCUGGACAUCCUCAGAUCGCUGCGGCAUCCCAACAUUAUUUGCUACCUGGGGCACGAGUACACUGGCGGGACUCUGUACAUUUUCAUGGAGCUCGCCGAGGGCGGGUCCUUAGCGAAGCUGCUGAAGGAGUUUGGGGCGCUGGAAGGACCAUUGCUCCGGAACACGAUCCUCGGAAUGCUCCAAGGCUUGGUGUAUCUUCACACACGCAACCCCGUGGUGGUCCACCGAGACAUCAAGAGCGCCAAUGUGCUUUUGGACUUGGACUUCAACGUGAAGCUGGCAGACUUCGGCUGCUCCAAGCAGUGCAUUGACAUGUCCACGUCUUUCCGGGCGACCGGGUCUUUCAUGUGGAUGGCGCCAGAGGUCAUUUUGGAGAAGGAAGGCUAUGGAAGAAAGGCAGACAUUUGGAGCUUUGGCUGCACGGCUGUGGAGGCAAUCACUGCCCACCCACCUUGGGGAAAGGGCGUCAUCGACGGCCUGAUGUCUGCCAUGAGGAUCAUCGGCUACUCUGAGCAGAUGCCACCCAUACCGGAAGCUGCAACCCCAUGCCUGAAGAGCUUGCUGCAAAGUUGCCUGCAGCGCUCGCCGGAUAUGAGGCCCGCAGCGUCGGAGCUCCUCAGCCACGAGUACUUCGUGCCAGUGAAGGCAAGGGCCCGGGCGGCCAUGAGCUGGGGACUGGGCGCAGUGAUUCCCAGUGCACCGCAUUUGACGCAGCAGGUGUUGCAGCCGGCCGACAAGGUGGCACAAGCAGCCACCUUUUUCUUCUUCUUUGCGGCUGCAAAGAUGUGCGAUGUCAGCGAUGACGAGAGGCCGCGGCCGCAGGUCUCAAAGUUUGAGACGCCACAGACGGUGACCAUUGGCCAGGCACAGGCUGCGUCCGACGCGAUGGAGGAGGAUGGUGAUGAUGAGCCCUUCGAGACUGAGGACGACGCCUGGGCAGGAGAGGAUCGCCGGGAGGAUGUGCUGCAGUGCCGUGCUCUGGGCGAGCGAGCUCUGAGGAGCGGUGACGUCGCUGAGGGCAUCAGGUUGCUGGAGAAGGCCAUGCGCCUCGGGGGUGACAGCUGCCCAGGACUCGAGGACACCCUGCGCGCCGCGUGCGCCAUGGAGCAGGCGGCGCCGGUUGCGGCCAAGGAGCUCCGGGAGGAGCGGCCCCAGCUGAACGGCGGCAUGGUGGAGGACAGAUACGCCUGGUCCCAGAACAAGGAGACCGUGGAGAUCAACCUGUUCGUGCCUGAAGAUGCCAAGGCUAAAGACAUGAAGGUUGAUGUCUCCGAGACCCACCUCAACAUUUCCAUGGCUUCACGGCCAUUGCUGUGUGGUGAGUGGGAAUUCAAGGUCGCACCGGAGGAGGAUCCGGACUGGGAGCUGAAGAGCUGCCAUGGCCGGAGAGCCUUGCGGCUUCAGGUGCGAAAGGCUGCGAUGCCAGGCGGCAUGAGCGUGGCAGUUUGGUGGAGCCGCGUUUUGAAGGGCGAGCCUGCCAUUGAUGUCAAAGGCAUCGAGGGGCGAAAGCGGGACCGCGACAAGAGCGAGGAGUUUCAGAAAGCUUGGAGCGAUGCACACGCGAUGUUCAAGGAGUCCGUGAAGAACCGGCAGCCCAUUCUGAUCCCGACAGAGGCGGACUGA